AAAAAAGAAAAAAAACUUCACAACAUUUGUUUUGUAUAAGCAAAUGCCCAUUUUUCUCCUCACUAAAGUUUCUCCAUUACAAUUCUAGCCAUUUUCUUGAUCCAAUGGCCUCAUCAAUUACACAAAAUGAGCAAGAAGUGGCCAUGGAUUUAGAUUUGUGCAAGAAAUCAUCAAGUCAUGUUCAUGAUCCAUUGAAUUGGGAAAUGGCUGCUGAAUCUUUAAGAGGGAGUCAUUUGGAUGAAGUGAAAAAGAUGGUGGAUGAAUUUAGGAAGCCAGUUGUGAAACUUGGGGGUGAGAAUUUGACUGUUGGACAAGUUGCAUCCAUUGCAAAUGCUGAUAACAAAACUAGUGGGGUCAAAGUGGAACUUUCUGAAAGUUCAAGGGCUGGUGUGAAAGCUAGUAGUGAUUGGAUUAUGGAUAGUAUCAGUAAAGGAACAGAUAUUUAUGGUAUUACUACUGGUUUUGGUGCUAAUUCUCAUAGAAGAACCAAUAAUGGAGGUGCUCUUCAAAAGGAACUUAUUAGGUUCUUGAAUGCUGGAGUAUUUGGAAAUGGAACAGAAACUUGUCACACAUUAUCACAUUCAGCAACAAGGGCAGCUAUGCUUGUUAGGAUCAACACUCUGCUUCAAGGGUACUCUGGCAUUAGAUUUGAAAUCUUGGAAGCAAUUACAAAGUUGAUCAAUAGCAACAUCACCCCGUGUUUGCCCCUCCGUGGCACGCUCACUGCCUCGGGUGAUCUUGUCCCUAUGUCCUAUAUUGCUGGUUUACUCACUGGCAGGCCUAAUUCUAAGGCUGUUGGACCCAAUGGUGAGACCCUUAAUGCUGAAGAAGCAUUCCGCAUUGCUGGUGUUAGUGGUGGAUUUUUCGAGUUGCAGCCUAAGGAAGGAUUUGCAAUUGUGAAUAGCACAGCAGUUGGUUCUGGUAUGGCAUCAAUUGUCCUGUUUGAGUCCAAUAUUCUUGUUGUAAUGUCUGAAGUUUUAUCAGCGAUUUUCGCUGAAGUGAUGAAUGGAAAGCCUGAAUUCACUGACCAUUUGACACACAAGUUGAAGCAUCAUCCUGGUCAAAUUGAGGCUGCUGCUAUUAUGGAACACAUUUUGGAUGGAAGCUCUUAUGUGAAGGCAGCUCAAAAGCUCCAUGAAAUGGAUCCUCUUCAAAAACCAAAGCAAGAUCGUUAUGCUCUCCGAACAUCUCCACAAUGGAUUGGCCCUCAAAUUGAAGUCAUUCGUGCUGCAACUAAGAUGAUGGAGAGGGAGAUUAACUCAGUGAAUGACAAUCCAUUGAUCGACGUUUCAAGAAAAAAGGCCUUGCAUGGUGGCAACUUCCAAGGCACCCCUGUUGGUGUCUCCAUGGAUAAUACAAGAUUGGCCCUUGCAUCAAUUGGGAAAUUGAUGUUUGCUCAAUUCUCGGAACUUGUCAACGACUAUUACAGUAAUGGGUUGCCAUCUAAUCUCACCGGAGGAAGGAAUCCAAGCUUGGACUAUGGUUUCAAGGGAGCUGAAAUCGCGAUGUCUUCUUACUGCUCGGAACUUCAGUUCUUGGCAAAUCCAGUGACUAACCAUGUCCAAAGUGCUGAGCAACACAAUCAAGAUGUGAAUUCCUUGGGCUUAAUCUCAGCUAGGAAAACAGCUGAGGCUGUCGACAUCUUGAAGCUAAUGUCAUCAACCUAUCUAGUGGCACUUUGCCAAUCUAUAGACUUGAGACAUUUGGAGGAGAACUUGAAGAAUGCAGUCAAGAACACAAUUAGUCAAGUAGCUAAGAGAACUUUGACAAUGGAUGCUAAUGGUAAGCUUCAUCCAGCAGGAUUCUGCGAAGAGGAAUUGCUUCGAGUCGUGGACAGGGAAUACUUGUUUGCCUAUGCUGAUGAUCCCUGCAGUUCCAACUACCCUUUGAUGCAGAAGCUGAGACAAGUAAUUGUUGAUUAUGCAAUGAAGAAUUGUGAAAGUGAGAAGAAUGUGAACAGUUCAAUCUUCCAAAAGAUUGGAGCUUUCGAGGACGAAUUGAAGGUUGUGUUGCCUAAAGAAGUUGAGAGUGCAAGAGUUGUUCUUGAAAAUGACAACCCUCCAAUUCCUAACAGGAUCACAGAAUGCAAAUCAUAUCCAUUGUACAGGUUUGUGAGGAAAGAACUUGGAACAGAACUGUUGACAGGAGAAAGAGUCCGAUCGCCCGGUGAGGAUGUUGACAAGGUGUUCACAGCAGUGUGCAAUGGACAAAUCAUUGAUCCAUUGUUGGAGUGUCUCAAGAGCUGGAAUGGUGAUCCUCUUCCAAUCUGUUAGGUGUUUGCUUGAAAAAAAAGGACCUUUUUUUUUGGCAGUAAUGGUGAAAAAGAUAUCUUGGAUUUGGCUUUGUUUUUUUCUUGGAUAUGUUUGUUUCAGGUUGUUUAGAAUCUCAUUUAAACACAAAACAACAAUAACUAUGCUUUGGUUUCA